AAUUAAUUUUGUGAGUCACCCUGCAUGCUUGUUCGACGUGGGAUUGAAUCAUCACUGGAACCGGCUCGUCGGGUCACCGCUCACUAAAAGCUUCGCAUUACAAUUAAAAUCUUCUUGGACAACCUAGGUUCUAGGACAACCAGCUGGCUCUUGAGGACAUCAUAACAGUCCUUGCCAAUUUUCUAUACGCGUUGUUGCGUUUCUAAACAAAAAAAAAAAAUAAAAAUAAAAUUUCACCUCUGGAAACUUUAUCCCCAUAAAGGACUUCACCACAGGUUUUUUACUGGAUAUACUGUGCGCAUAAUUAAUUAAAAAGGAUAACCUGGCUUUCUAAGGACUUUUUGUAUAAGUUCCUCGCUAUUUUUUAAUGCUUAUGAGCAUUGUUUAGUUCAAAAAAAAAAGACAAGUCAAAUUCGCUACUUCUGCCAAAAAUUUCAAUUUGAAAAGUACUAAUUAAAAAAAAUUUCUUUAAAAUUUUCGAAUUAUUUCCUAUUAAAUUCUUUGUACAGCAUGGCACACAUUUUUGAAAACAAAGUCGAGUUAUUAAUCGAAAGUGUGCAAGUGAGCACACAAAGGAGUAAUUUAAAGUAAAAAAAUAAAUGAAAAACCGUCAAAUCGCUUUUUAACUUUUUUGCACCGCCCUCCCACCGGCAGCAGAGGAAGCACAUAUUUUCCAGACUCGCGGAGGUAUCUGGACCUAUUCGCAAAUAAUAAACUAAAUUGAAACAUUUAAUUUUGUUCAAACACACGAAAAAUUGAACAUAGAAAUAAUUGAUUUUUCGCAAUUGUUUGUGAGAGGAGUGCUGGAAUUCACGACGCUUUGAAGUAGUGGAUACAAAAAAAUAAAGCGUCCAAUAACGAGCCGUAAAAAUGAGCGAAGAGGAGAACGAUAAAAUUACUCUGGAUCUCUCGAGAAAGCAAUUGAAAAAAGUGCCAAAACAAGAAGAUGCACAAAAUGUGCGUGUGCUCAAAUUAGACGAAAAUGAGCUACAAAAGAUAGACAACAUUGACUCAUACCUAAAAAUUGAAGUUCUAUCGCUUAGCAAAAACCAGCUGCUUCGCAUGUACGGCGUCUGUCGCUUGCACUGUUUGCGUGAACUGAAUCUCUCCUUCAAUGGCAUACUAUCUAUUGAGGGACUAAAGGACUGCAUACAUUUGCGGCAUUUGAAUUUAGAAGGCAACAAUAUUAAAACUAUUGAACAUUUAAAUAAUAAAGUCAAACUAGAAUAUUUAAACCUGGCAGAAAAUAGUAUAGGCAGUAUAUCGGAUAUAUCGUUUUUGAAAAACUUAAAAGAACUACAUUUGCACGGGAACCGCUUAACGCAUCUACGUCAAUGUGAUAAAUAUCUGCCUUCCUCAUUGGAAGUUUUAUCGCUAGCAAAGAAUUACAUUACCGAUUUAAAUGAUAUUUGUACGCUAUUAAAUUUGUCUAACUUGCAAAGCUUGACGCUCAAUGAAAAUCCUUGUAUUAUGAUGACCGGAAAUGCAGAUGGUUUCGAUCAUCGUCCGUUUGUGUUGAACUGGUGCAUGAGCUUGAAAGUUAUUGACGGCUUCGUUGUCGAUCCCAUCGAGAGCCUCAAAGCGGAGUGGCUUUACAGUCAGGGUCGUGGUCGACAGUUUCGCCUUGGUGAACAGGCUGCGCUGGCCAAGUAUUUAAGUUCUGUCUGCCCACUAAUUGGAAAAGCACUGGAAAAUGAGAAUGAACGAAAGCUCCGCUUGAUUCUCAGCAAAGCGCAACAACAUCAACGUCAGCUGCAAGAAGAAAUAUCAGAAAAUUCAAAUGCUUCGAGUAAUAACUCACCAUCUAGUGGUCGACGAAAGACAUGCAGUCGCAUACAAUCACCAAAAUUUUCGCGUUUAAGUGGCAGGCAGGGCUCACCAGAUUCAAUGGUGAAUAGCUAUCAUGGCAACACUUCAAGCGACACUAUUUCAAACAAUGCUAAUCACACUGCACCGAUGACUACAUCUCUAAUUGAGAACAUCAAACACGAUUCCCUGCUUAUGACGCAAAGCUUUGAUGGCUCAUCCCCUGGUGGCGGCAGCACUAUACAUACGCGCACGAACAAUUCGCAGGAAUCUACACCUCGCACGAUAACGCCAAAUCCCUACAACGGUGAGACGAAAGUGUAUGAAAGAUUUCAUUGGAACCGGAAAGGGACAUCGCUUUUGCCAUUUUUGAAGUCUAAAUUAACAAUUAGGAAAAAUCAAAAUUAUACAAAUGUGCCCGUCAGCGGUGGCGGACCUUUGGCGGCCGCCUCCAAAAUGGUGCCAGUGCCAGAGACGCUUAUGAGCCCGGAUGUGUGUCCCGCCGUUGUGGCGCAGCGUGUCACCGUCAACGCAAUCAAUACACAGAUGCAGAAUUCGAAAACUCACAAAAACAAAGAUAACAAACUGAAUUCGCCGAAGAUGCGCAGUCCACAUUUGAAACGCAAUGCGGAACGCUGCAGCCCCAAUAUGAGCUCACGACGAGGCAGCAGCACUUCAAAUAUGUUACUGCAGCAUAACAAUGUUUCGAAUUUGAAUCGAGCGCUAGCCGCACACGCGAAUGCUCAGGCCGAUAACCAAAUGAAGUCACGUCUGGCGGGCAAUUCAAUGCAUGUCGUCGUAGCGCCAGACACAGGUUCGGGCGGCAUCAGCUCGGAUGACGAUAGCGAUCACAUAAACAUAGACAAAUUGAAAACGAUUCGAAAUAAGGCAGCGCAACGCUCGCAGCAGCAACAAAAAGAAGCAAUGGUCGCGGCGACGAAUGCGCAGCUUACACAAAAUCACGCCACCGAAUCAUCGGCGGUGGUCAUACAAAAAAUCUGGCGCGGAUAUCGCACGCGCAAGAAAACAAAGGACAUCGCCGAGAAAUUACUCAAAAUACGCACACAUGAGUACAUUGAUUUUUUGAUUUCCAGUAAACUAACCAAAGAUAUGGAGUUAACCAAAGCGCAGUUGGAAAACGAACGCAAAAUUCAGCAGCUACAAAUGCAGGCCAUUAAUGCGCUUUGGAAGAAGGUUUCCACAAUGCAGGGUGGUGCCACAGUUAGCAGUGCUGCUACUGGCACGAGUGAUGGCGCAACUGCGGAUGUAAAUGCGAGCACUUCUGCGGACGGCGGACGUGCAACGGCACUUGAUAAUAGCUCGACUGCGGCCGUGCAUGAUUUGGCUAAGACCUGCACUAUGCUAACCAAUCAGGUGCAACAGCUACAAGGCUCCAUGCGUGACAUACUCAAUUGCCUAACGUUGUUCUGUAAUUUGCCACAGGAGAAUGUAAAGAAGCUGCUUUCAGCCGGUGUGGCCGACGCUCUUUCGACUGAGAAACGCGAUUCUGCUGCCACGCAAACGGAAAUUGUUGCCGUGCAUACUCCGCAAAUAGAAAAUCAAAGCAAUUUCCCUUUCUCCAAAAUACGCCCAUCAUCGCUACCACUGGAUAGACAAAAGUGUGGGAGCAAUCAGAACCAACCGCUAAUGGCCGGCAACGCUGUACCACUAUGCGCUGCUGGCGAUGCAGCUUGCGGCGAAAAAGCGCCAACGCAACAGCAGCGAAUACUUGAGGAUUGCGAGGCAGAAGAGCUACACAGCGAGAGUGGUAUACAGAGCGAGGAUGUACGUAGCGUGGAGGAGGCUACAGACUCGCUGGUAGAGAAGUCGGACGGUGGCAAGGAAUAAUUGUAGUUAUUUUAAUUCUCUUCGAAUGCAACGUUGUAUUGUAAACAACGAAUUUGCCGUGCUUCUGUGUGCUUAUAAACUCGAAUUUGAAACAUGUCACAAGUUAAAGUUUGUGUACGUAUGAAUUUUUGGCGCCUUCAACAUAGACCGAAUGAAGAAGAGCGCGUCGCAAAAAGAUCUCAUUCAUGAAAUUUGUCAUUCCUUAUUUUUAUUUCAUAAGUGCUAUGCCUUUUUUACAAUCAAUUAAAUGUUCGAUGUCCAGGGCUCGAAUCGCGGCAUUCGUCAUUGAGUGAUUACUAGUCUCGAGUCGAAUCAAACAAAAUGGCAGCUGCUUUAUCCCUAAUACAAUUUAAAUGAACGAUGCGCACUCGCUAUCGAAUGCCGUGAUCUAAAAAUCAAAUUUCGAUUCAAGUUACGUUCGAUAUCGAAUGCCGCGAUUCGGGCCCAGUUUUAAAAAAUAUGGCAAAUUUAAAAUUUAAUUUUUUUCGGCUACUUUGUAGCAUUUGUUUGGAUUAAGCGAAAUUUCUUAAUUUAUUUGUGUACAUACCUAGUUUUUAUGCUAAUGAUUUGUUAAUAAUUUUUUCGAAAAACAUGUCGAAAUAAUACAAAGAAAAUUAAUUUGUAAAAUACGGUUGAAUCUGUUUGCUAUUGUGCGGGGCCAUCGAGCGAUUUCACGAAGAAAAUAUGAUGGAGAAGAUAAAUUGCUAAAUUUACAAAUUUCACUGCUGUUGAAAAAUAAAAACUAGGGCUAUUAGUUUUCCGCA